AUGUUAUCGAAUUUUGUUGAAUCGCUUUUUGAUCCUUCAGAAUUGGUUGCUUUAGUAAGAUAUUAUCUUUUCAGACAAUCAACGAUGGUGGAUAUUUCUAUUUGGAGUAAGACAAAGCAACGAUGUUACUAUUUUUUAAAAUUGACAUCGGGUUCAUUCGCAGAUAUUAUUAUGGAUUUAGAUCCAAAGCUUCGUGAUCUUGUUUGUAUAUUUUAUUUAUGUUUACGUGGAAUGGAUACGAUAGAGGAUGACAUGACUUUACCCAUUAACAUAAAAGCACCGAUGUUGAGAUCUUUUUAUAAAAAGAUCGGUCAAAGAGGUUGGACAUUCACUGAAAAUAGGCAAUUGCUUGUAGAAUUUGAUGUCGUUAUUGAAGAAUUCUUACUUCUUCCAAAAGAGUGUCAGGAAAUCAUUAUAAAUGUUACUAAACAAAUGGGUAAUGGCAUGACAGAUUUUGUAUCGAUUUCAGCUCGUGAUAAAUACAGCAUAAUCACAUUAAAAGAUUUUGAUAAGUACUGUUAUUAUGUUGCUGGACUCGUCGGAAUUGGUAUAAGUGAUUUGUUUAACUCUGUUGGUGCAAUAAUUCCUGAUACAACAAAAAAUUUUGAUACCAUAAUCUCAAUGGGAAUUUUUCUACAAAAACUGAAUAUACUUCGAGAUUUUGUGGAAGAUCUAAAAGAAAAUCGAAAAUUCUGGCCAAAAGAAAUUUGGGGUCAAUAUGUUUCAGAAAUUGAAGAUUUAAUUCUUAUUGAAAACAAGCAAAAAGCUUUAAAUUGUCUUUCCGAUAUGGUGUUAAACACAUUACUUCAUGUACCUGAUUGUUUGAAUUAUUUAAUUCAACUCGAUGAUCCUGGCAUCUUUUUUUUUGCUGCCAUGCCACUUGUUAUGGGAUAUAGUACUUUAGCAUUCACUUUCAAAAACUAUGACUCUUACAGUAAAGUUCUAAAGAUUAGAAAAGGAGAAGGUGCCAAGCUUUUCUUCAGAUGUACAAGUAUGUCUGAGGUUGCAAAAUUGUUCUUUGAAUACACUCAAGUAAUAAUUUCAAAAAACAAUGAUCCUCAAGAUCCAAAUUUUGCCAAAAUUAAUGAUAUUUGUGAACAGCCAAGUAUAGUUACUCUUUAA